AUGGCACCUCUUCUCAGGUUCGGCAUGCUCUUGACUGCCUUCUGCAGUCUCGUCAAGGCAACUCCCGUCGAUGCAUGCCCGCAAGACUACAUCGACUGGCGAAACUUCAAAGCUAACGGCGUCAACCUCGGCGGCUGGCUCGUCCAAGAACCUAAUAUGGAUCCUACAUUCUGGUCGCAGAACUGCGGCAACGCAACCGACGAAUGGACCUGCUGCGCGCAACUCGGCCACCAGUGCGGACCCAUCCUCGAGCACCGCUACGCCACCUUCUACCAGCCCUCUGACAUCGACAAGCUCGCCCGUGGGGGCGUGAAGCUCCUCCGCAUCCCCACGACCUACGCCGCGUGGACUCAAGUCCCGGGCAGCCAGCUCUACAGCGGACGCCAGAUCUCUCACCUCCGAGCCAUCUCGCAGUACGCCAUCGCCAAACACGGCAUGCACAUCGUCAUUGACAUCCACUCGCUCCCCGGCGGCAUCAACGGGCAGACCAUCGGCGAGGCAGACGGCCACUACGCCUGGUUCCACAACGCGACCAACCUCGCCUGGUCGCUGCGCGCCGUCGACGCCGCCCUGCGAUACAUCCAGACGUCCGGGAGCCCGCAGUCGUACACUUUGGCGCCCAUCAACGAGCCCGUCGACAACCGCGACUUCUCGACGUUCGGAUUCCCGGACUCCCUCUCCGAGGAGGGCGCAGCGUGGUUACUCGAGUUCAUCGACGCGGUGCUGGCCCGCAGGGACGCCGUGGAUCGCAGGAUCCCGGUCAUGGUCCAGGGCGGCUUCAGGACGUCGUCGUACUGGUUUGGAAAGUUCAGGCCGGGGACGAACAUCGUCUUCGACGUGCACAACUACUACUUCGCAGGCAGGCCGACCGACUCGGACAACGUCACCGCGGUCAUCUGCGACGACGCGAAGGUGUCGGCGGGGGGUGUGGGCGUGGGCGUGAGCGGGAAGUUCCCCGUCUUCGUUGGGGAGUGGAGCAUCCAGACGGUCAGGAAUAACAGGCUGGCGAACCGCAGGAGGAAUCUCAACGCUGGUUUGUACGCCUUCGCCAAGUACACACAGGGCAGUGCGUACUGGAGCGCCAAGCAGUUGAACGACGUGAAGGUCGAUGGUGAGGGCUUGUGGGGGGACUACUGGAACUAUGAGGACUUUAUUGACCUGGGAAUCAUCGCGCCCGGUGAGGGUAGGGCAUACUGUGAUUGA